UUUUGUUUUGACAUUUCGCGAUCCGGAUGGCAUCACUUCUGUGAAUCAUCGAAAUAUUUUCCUGCUGCAUUGCAACUGGUGAAAUCACAAAAAAAUUGAAAAUUUAGGGAGCAAAGUGCAUUGAAAGUGUCGAAAAUGUCUGAUUUGUUAAGUGUUCCGGUAAAGAAACCGACGGAUGUGGAUGUUACACGACCACUGAACAAUUUGAUCAAAAGUUCCUACAGUAAUUUGGGAUCGGAGAAAAUAGUCGAAAUUAGUGAGUCUGUAAACAAAUUCAAUCAGCAGCGAAACUCUGCCGUUUGGAAGGCUUUUGAGAAAUUUGAGAGUUCCCUGGAAAUUCUAUACGGGUACUAUGAUCAACUGAGUGCUCUCGAAACUAAAAUUGUGGUGCAAGAUUUCCAGGUACCGUUUAAAUGGAAAGAUGCGUUCGAUAAGGGGUCAAUAUUUGGAGGCCGGAUGAGUUUGACUCUGACAUCGCUAAGCUACGAAAAAGUAUGCAUUCUCUUCAACAUCGCGGCCUUACAAAGUGCAGUUGCAUCUUCACAAGGGCUCGACAACGACGAGGGCUUGAAGCUAGCAGCUAAGUUGUUCCAACAAAGCGCAGGGAUCUUCAAUCAUUUGAAAAGUGCUGCUCCUGCUGCUAUUCCACAGGAACCAACGAUGGAUUUCAUGUUAGAGACCUUGAAUGCCUUGGCGAGUCUCAUGCUAGCACAAGCUCAGGAGAUAUUUGUCUUCAAAGCAAUCAAGGAUAGCAUGAAAGAUCUGAUUGUAGCUAAGUUAUGUUGCCAAUGCGAAGAAAUGUAUUCGGAAGCAUUAAGACUGUUGCAGAAGGAUUCGGUUCGCACUUUGUGGGAUAAAGAUUGGAUUUCUACCGUUGCAGGCAAACAAGCUGGAUUUCACGCAUUGACUAUGUUCUACCAUAGUUUGGUCUCUAAAAGCAACAAAGCUAUUGGAGAAGAAAUUUCCCGACUUCAAAAAUCUGUAGAGUUGUUUAAGAUCGCUCAAUCCCGUUCUGGUAAACCAAACUUCCUCGAGGAGUAUGCUUCGAAAGCACAGAGAAAUCUUAUUGAAGCCAAAAAAGAUAAUGACUUCAUUUACAAUGAAAUGAUUCCUGACAUUAAUUCACUACCAGGACCCGGAAAAGCACAACUAGCGAAAUAUCUCCCUAUUGCCAGCCCGAUGAGCCAGAACUUUAGGGAUUUAUUCGCCGAUUUGGUUCCAGUAGCAUUGCAUCAAGCUAUGGCUGCAUGUGACAACAGGAAAAGCGAAAUAGUUAACGGCGAAAUUAUGAAACUACGAGAAGCGACGCAAGCAAUAAAUAAUUUGCUUUCAAGUUAUAAUUUACCAGCUGCUAUUGAAGUGACCGAAAGUGGGUCAACAUUACCUCCUUCGCUUCUGGAGAAAGCCAACACCGUACGCGAAAAAGGCGGCAUUGAAGGUCUAUUGAAGAUGGUUGGCGAAUUGCCUGAAUUGUUGAAUCGCAAUAGGGAGAUCCUUGAUGAGGCUGAACGAAUGCUAAAUGAUGAAUGUAGCUCAGAUGAGCAACUGCGUGAGAAGUUCAAGGAACAGUGGACUCGCACUCCUUCCAACAAACUGACCCAAACAUUCCGUGAUAAUUGCGAAACAUAUCGCAAGAUAAUCAACAAUGCCAUAACGGCGGAUAAAACAGUUCGUGAAAAGUUCGAAAAGAGUCGUCGUGGCAUCGAACUAUUAUCCAUGUCUCAGGAGCAGCUUGCUAAUGAGGUACCAUGUGGGCCUACAACCAACAAGGAUUGCAAUUCAUCUGCAGCACAAAAACUGCGAAAAUUGAUGGAGGCCGUUGAAACCAUCAAAGCCGAACGAGAUGUUAUUGAAUCCGAAUUGCGCUCUGCUACCGUGAACCUCAAGGAACAAUUUCUGUCGGCACUAGCGGCUGACGGUGCUAUUAAUGAACCCGCUAUAUCGUUGGCUGAAAUUGGGAAAACAAUUGCUCCCCUACAAAAUCAAGUCCAGGAUAAUCUUUCACGCCAGGAGACAUUGAUUCAAGAUAUCAAGCAGGCUCAGCAAGAGUUUGCUGCUGAAUCCGGUUCUACUAAUCAAUCAAGCGAUACAAUGCUGACUCAACUAGCGACUGCUUACGACGUGUUCUCCGAACUGCAGCACAAUUUGCAAGAUGGGGUUAAAUUCUACAAUGAUUUGACACAGCUGCUCAUAACUUUCCAGAACAAAAUAUCUGACUAUUGUUUCGCACGUAAAACCGAAAAAGAUGAAUUGCUGAAAGAUUUGACACAACAAGCUAGUCGCCAAGCACAACCACCAACUCCUAGCAUUCCUGCACAUCUUGUGUCUACUACACCAGCUGCUCCCGAAUCGCCAUCUUCAUCAGCUUCGGCACCGGCACCAACAUCUGCAAUGCAUACUCCGUAUCCAAUGCAACCCCAGGGAAUGCCGGUGCCCUAUGGAGCAACUGCCAAUGUUCCAUAUCCAGCGUAUGUACCACCUCCGAUGCCUCAAGGAUUCAAUCCUUACGCCACACUCCCAUAUCCAAAUGCUUAUCAAGGGUUCCCGCAAGCUCCGGCUUAUUAUGGAACUUAUCCUGGCGCAUACGCGAAUCAACAGGGACAGCAACAACCAACGCAGAAUCCGAAUAAACCAUUUGGGUGGUAAAGAUUGUGAUGAGUUACGGCACAUCUCGCACUAGGCGUGGCAUUUCCGCCUUGAAGCUAUAAUGAGCUUUCGCAUAAUUAAAUAUACCGAUGUGAGUUGUUGUCAAAACAUAAAGAGAUAAUUUUGUUUACGAUACUAUAAAUGUUUACGAAAAAAAAUUUCAGUAAAGAAGUUAACCCAACAUACCAUA